AUAUGCAAACUAAGGAUUGCACUUGUUUGGUUUUUCCUACGAAGGCUGGAUUAGAGAAGAAAAAAACAAGCCCACUUCCUAUUUUCAAAGUGUUAACCGUUCCAGGCAAAAGGACAAAGAAAAAUUUCCUCUUCUAACACUACGUUUUUCAGCAGGCUUGUGAUCCCACAAAGAACUUUGUUGUCAUGGAUGGCAAGACGAAUGUGAAGUCCAUCAUGGCAAAGUUUAGCAACAACCCAGCCGGGGAGGUUGACAGCCGGCAAGGCAGAGCAGCAGGACAGCCGUCUUUGGUAGCGAGGACUGCAUUUGAGAAAUUUAACCACCUAGAAAAUGCUGCUGCACCUCCCAGACCCAGCAACCUCCACAAAUCUCCAUCUUUUAAACCACCUUUGGGCACCAAACCUUCUGUUCCUGACACAUCGGACAAAGACCCAAAGCCACCCCAUUUGAAGAGCAAUGCAGUGGCCAGCAAGGUUGCUGCCCUGGCGCAGGCAGCUAACAGGGAAACGAAUGAAAAACCUGGAUUUCCUAGGCCUUUGGGUCCCAAACCUACCGACGGACUGAAAGCUGAAUCCAAGCCAUUGUUCCCAAAGCCUCCUGACAACAGAUUGCCUGGUUCCACAGCACCAAAAAAUGAACUCAGGCCGCCGGGGCUACCCAGGUCGAAUUUUAAACCUGAACCUCAAGGAAAUGAGACAAAGCCUGUGUCUCAAAUGGCGGCUGGAUUUAAAGAAAAAAUAAUCGCGGCUUCGCAGGAGAAUGACCCCAAACCUCCUUUUCUGAAGCCAGCCCUUGGGAAGAAACCAGGUCUACAUCCUGUCCCCAAUGAAGAGGCUCCCAAGAAAUACCCCUCCUUGAAUCCGACUUCUCCAAGCCCACUAGGCCUCAAACCCAAACCCAACUCAUUUCUAAUUGCCAAGGAUGCCGAAGGAAAGAGAGACAAUGGGGUGGAUUCCACAGCCAGCCCUUUCCCUGGUGUAGCCUUGAGACAUGUCACCGACAAGAGCAACCUGUCUCCGGCCCUCCCAAAAUCUUACGGGCAGCCGGGCAACGAAGAAGCAAGGCCAAGUGUGGCCAAGAAUAUUUUCAAAGUCUCUCAAGAGGAUUCUGGGUCAACUUCUGGAGCACCUAAAUUCACUGGUCUGCCCAGGGCGACCACGACAGGACCUUGGGAUAGUAACUCUGAAAAAGAAGAGAAGGACAAGAAUUUGCCGAAACGGAAGGCAAUCCCUCCACCAGUCAAAUUAGGUCUGGCCCCGCAGAAACCCAGCAGACCUCCAACGGUGAACCUUGAAAAAUUCAGGAAAUACGCCGAAGAAAGCUCCAGCAAACCCCAUGCGGCAGGUUUACCCCCUGUACUUCCACUGCCUGUUUCGACCCUGCAUACCACAACCCAGGUGCCUCCACCGCCUCCUCCCUCAGCUUCCCAUCCAUCAGCACAAGCUCCAGUACUUCCCCCAAGAAACAUCAAGCCCAGGGACAAUGAAGAAAGCUAUGAUGAUGUUGAGUUUGGAGGAAAUGGGGAUGCAGAUGAGAGUCUCAACAGUGAAGGGGAGACAUAUGAAGAUAUAAACGAAAUGAGACCUACAUCUAGAGAUGAGGAAAGGAAAAAGGAGAAGGAAGAAAGGAAGAAAUCUGAGAAAGAACAAAAGGAGAAAGAGAAAAAAGAGCAGGACAUCAGGAAGAAGUUCAAACUCGUGGGCCCCAUUGAAGUCAUUCACCAGGCCCGAGCUUGCACAGACUUCAAAGGAGGGAAGAAUGACCUGACGUUCAAGCAAGGAGAUAAAAUCGAAAUCAUCCGCAUCACUGACAAUCCAGAGGGGAAGUGGCUUGGAAGGUCAAGAGGCUCCUAUGGCUACAUUAAAACAACCAUGGUGGAAAUUGACUAUGAUUCGUUAAAGCGAAAGCCACGGCCUUCUGUCAACAUUCAACUGAGGCAACCAGACAGUGACCAGGAAGUGUAUGAUGAUGUCGGGGAACAGGAUAGCGUCAGCAGUGGAAGUCAAAGUACUGCAGGAGGAUUCCCUCCUCCUCCUCCCUCUGAUGACGUUUAUGAUGGGAUCGAGGGCGAUGAUGAAGCACAAACAAGGUCUGUGCCACAUGGUGAAGAUAAGAGUGACUCCUGGCCCCGUGGGCUUUUGAAGAAUCUGUUGAAGGGAAAAGAUUUCCCCAAGAGAAGUAUACGAGAGGCAGCAACUAAAAUCAAUGUGACAGAAGAUAAUGGAGGUUCCUCCAGGACUUCUUCAGCAAAGCAAAUAGGAAAGGAUUCUGGAGACAGUGAUGUCUAUGAUGAUGUAGAGCCAACUGACUUCCCUCCCCCGCCAAAAGAACUUAGCAUAGCGAAGUCCCUGAGCAUUGUGAGAGCCAAAUCAGAUGACCGUGAUUCGCAGAAACUCAAGAAGAUGGAGAAAGAGGAGAAAGAGUUCCGAAAGAAGUUUAAAUAUGAAGGUGAUAUCCGAGUUCUGUAUACUACAACCAUAUCCCGAGCACCAUCUGCUAAGAAGAGAGGCUCAAAAGACUUACAAGUGAAGCCAGGAGAUUCGGUUGAGGUUAUAAAGAACGUGGAUGAUACUAAAGUCCUGUGUAGGAAUGAAGAGGGGAAAUAUGGUUAUGUCCGGAGAAGCUGCAUAGUGGAUGAUGAUGAAGAAAUAUAUGAUGAUAUCGCUGAUGAGGGUUGCAUAUAUGACAACGAUUAGCUGUGGAUUUCCCUUCAGCCUGAGCUUCAUCUACUCUGAAUCACCAAGUGGUUGAUGCAAGAGUGAAAUGUAUUCCUCACAUUGGUUGUUGUCUGCAUAGGUACAAAGAUUUGGUUAGGCUAUCUCGCCAGCUUCUGAACUGUAAAGCAGGUCUCACAAUGAAGGCAUUGCAAUGUUGGUGGGACGUGUCACUAUUUUCCUCGAUCAGGUUGAGGAAGCAAAUCUCUAAACCACUUCCCUCUUCCACCAGUAUGGUGAAUAUUAAAUUAUUCAGGCAACCACCCAGUUCUCAUUUUGCAAACUUAUUUUGUUUGUUUCCUCAAAGCAUACACUUCUAAAAUAUUUCACAGAUGAAAUUAGUCACACUUAUGUGUACUUGCUAUACCCUGUUCUCACACCUGAAGCAUCCUGGGCCUUUUACAGCUCUUCUCUAUCAGUUAUACAUUGUGUUCAUUUGCUCACCAGUACCGUACUUUUCCGUGUAUAAGACAAGGAUUUUUUUACUUGAAAGUUAUGUCCCUGCAGGUGAUGACAGCGGUCACAAAAUUAAAAGACACCUGUUUCUUAGGAGAAAAGCGAUGGCAAACCUAGACAGCAUCUUAAAAUGCAGAGACAUUACCUUGCCGACAAAGGUCCGUAUAGUUAAAACUAUGGUUUUCCCAGUAGGGAUGUGUGGAAUUGAGAGCUGGACCAUAAAAAAGGCUGAUCGCCAAAUAAUUGAUGCUUUUGAAUUAUGGUGCUGGAGGAGACUCUUGAGAGUCCCAUGGACUGCAAGAAGAUCAAACCUAUCCAUUCUGAAGGAAAUCAGCCCUGAGUGCUCACUGGAAGGACAGAUCCUGAAGCUGAGGCUCCAAUAUUUUAGCCACCUCAUGAGAAGAGAAGACUCCCUGGAAAAGACCCUGAUGUUGGGAAAGAUUGAGGGCACAAGGAGAAGGGGACGACAGAGGACGAGAUGGUUGGACAGUGAUCUCGAAGCUACUAACAUGAGUUUGACCAAGCUGCGGGAGGCAGUGGAAGACAGGAGCGCCUGGCGUGCUCUGGUCCAUGGAGUCACGAAGAGUCGGACAAGACUAAACAACUAAACAACAAGAAUGUUUAAAAAUUGAGCUUGUCUUAUACACGGGUAGUGCUGAGGGGGGGACGAGUGAUUGGUUGGUGCCGCAAGCCAGAGAUUGUCAACGGUGGUAGUGCGAGUGAUUGGUGGCUGUGGAAAUGGCUUUUUUUGAUUUGCUGUUGCAGCGGCAAUUGGGUGGGCGAUAGGCGGCUGCCGCCGGCGAGCGGUCAGACAUUUGGUGACUUUUGCGUUGCGUGUGAUAGGAAGCCUUGUUCAGGCAGGUGAUUCUCAGCAAUCCCCCCCAAAAAGAAGCUCAACAGCUCUGGACAAUCUUCCCCCAUUUUCUUCAUUUUGAGUCCCCCAAAAUAGUCUUUUUGAGUCUUAUACACAGGGCGUGUUAUACACGGAAAAAUACAGUAAGUUCUGGCUUUAGAAGCGGGCUGCAUUAGCAAACUGUCCAUAGAAUCAUAGACUUGUAGAGUUGGAAGGGACCACAAGUGCCAUCUAGUCCAACCCCUUGCAAUCCAGGAACCUAUCGCCCAACAUGGGGCUUGAACCCACAAUCCAGAGAUUAAGAGUCUCAUGCUCUACCAGCUAAACUAUCCUGACCAUGAUAGUUUUGUUUGUAACAAGAACUGAACAAUCUUGCAACAAGUUCUCUUUGAGUUCAUUUAACCCCCACCCAUUCUUGCCUUGCUAGCUGUCUUGUCGCAUGAAACGAAGCAGCGUGAUGGCUUUUUGCAUGCAUGCAUAUUAAUUUGCAUCACACACAUAAAAUGCUCUGACGUUCUAGGCUCUGGAGAUAGGGACUAAAGCCUGAAGAAUUUUAAUGCAGUUCAAACUGAUACAAAUCUUGAAACCCAUCCCCAAUAUUUCUCCAAAAGGCAAAAUAAGAGAGACAGUUUUUUCACCUCCUCCCACAAGAACAGACAGGUAGUGGAAAAGUAGGGGCUGUUCUGUUAAAUAUUGUUGGAGAAUAUGCAAAUAUUCCUCUGUGAAGGUCUGCAUAGCCCCACUCCCUCUGACUUGCUUUGAUCUACCUCUCCCUCCCCAAUAAAUGAACACUUUGAGAUGGACCAUUGGCUUUUUCAACUUCUAAUGCACUUUGCGGGGUGGGUGGGAUGGAGGAAGGACCUGGGCACUGUAUUGUUUAUUUGAACUGUUUAUACUAGUAGUGCUGUGGAAUAUGUGAGAAAACAUUUCAUACACAGUUCAGUCUCCAUCAUAAGAGAUUAGUCUCAUAUCAAAAGAUGCCUGUGGCUUUGCUAGUUGACAGAAAAGACUGGGCGCAAAUGGUUCCUCAUGCAGCAAUACUUGUUCAGCAGACAAAGACCACACUACUUUGAGUGACAAUGAACGUCAAAGUCUGCACAACGGAAAUUACAGGUUUUUAGUUGUAAAGGUUGCAAGAUGAUAGGGGUGCGUUUGCAUCCAUAUGCAUAAGUGGGUGCCAUAAUUAGCACUAAUGCUGAUCAGGAGAGAAGGGAACAGGGAGGGAGCAGGCAUCAUGUAUCUAGCCCACAGCUUCCCUACCGACAGCCGAUAAACCGUUUUGCCUUUCAUGGGACUGGGAAUACCUGUUCAGAACUGGCGUCUGGGUCAGAUGAGAAACCACACAACACGCAAACACACACGGAACACAACUGCAUGCAGUUUCUCAGUGUAGAGAUACAUGCGCUGAAGCUCCUUGCUGACUCAGAGUGACAGAGGAAAUGUGCCACCCUAACAGAUAACCAAGGAAUAUGUUUUCUAAAAUUAACUUAUUGUGCUUGGUACAAAACAAAACUUCUGUGGAGUGUUUUCAUUGAACAUUCAUGACUGUAAUUUAUGUUGUUUUCAAUCCUUUAUUUUAUGCUGCGUUCUGAGAUUCCAGCCUUGGCACCCAUCACUUAAUUAUAGUAGCAUCUUGUUAUGCUAAUAUAUAUUAAUCUUCUGUUUUUAUUCUCUGUAGAUUUUGUUUUCUCAUGCUUUGGGAAACAUUAAAGAU